AUGUCGAUCGAUCAUGAUCAACUCAUUCUCUUACUCGAUCAAUCCAUCGGAUCAUCACAAUUAUUUGACAAAUUUCGUCUCGAUCAUCAUAAGCAAUUGGAUAUAUUUAAUUUAAAAAUCAAAUUAAAUGAAACUAAUCCGAAGAAAGCUAGUGGUGGUGGAAUUAGUAUAUUGUUAUCAUAUGGUGAUUAUAUCAUUGUGGAGGAGAAUUUUGGUUUCGGACAGUAUGGACUAACUGUCUAUCUGAAUGAUGAUGGAAAUAUUAUUCGAAACUUGCAGGGAGGAAAUCCAAUUACAAAAUUAGUUCAUACCAUAUACUAUUCUGUGAGGGCAAUGUGUUUGGAAAGUUUCGUGGAUAUAAAUUCUCAAAUUAUUGAUUAUUUAAUAUUUCUCAGCUCUGAUCAAAGAUUAUACAAGUAUAAUAUUAAGGAGUGGAUUGAGAAUAGUAAAUCUGGAAAGGAAACUAACUGUAUUUGGGUUAAAGGAUUGAGAUAUGAUUCGUAUUCUGAGGAGGGAUUUUCAUAUGGUCGAUCAGUUGUAUGUGUCGAGUCGAAUGGAAAGUAUUCGAAUGUUAGGGGAAAUUUAAUUGUUGUUGCCGAUACUGAUAACAAAAGAUUGAAACUGUACGAUUCCUUGGAUGGUAACUUGCUGAAAGUAGUUUAUGAUUUUGGAGGUGUGACUCUUGGAAAACCAAUGAGUAUGAUUUAUUCGAAAGAGUUGGAUCUAUUCUUAAUUGUCUCAAGAGAAAAAUCAUUUUUCAAGUGUAAAUUAUCUCACAACCUCCAAUUUGAAGCUAGUCAACUCAGCACCACACAAUCAAUUUGGUGUUUGUGUUAUGAACCAUCAAGCAGAAAAGUUCUCUUCCCCAACUCUAACUCUUCACUGAUUUGUGUAAUGAAUUUAGAAAGUAUGAAAGUGGAAAAGGAAUAUAAGGGAGAAGGAACUGUGUCUAGUAUUAGUUUUGAUGAAAAAUAUCAAAGAUUUUACUUUUUAUAUGAGGGAAUUUCAUAUAUGAUGGAAUAG